CGAAUUUGAAAACAGACGACAAUCGCAAAUUUCUCAUUGCGGGAAAUCAUCGUUCCAAUUUUGAGGCACAGACAACAUAUGUAUCCUAAGGUGAGAGUGAGGGUACAUCAACAAGAAAAUCAUAUUCUUUCACAAAAUGAUCACAGAAGAGUACCAGAAACAAAAGUCUCUGAUGAAUCUCCAUCUAUACCAGUGAAGGAGAUACAAGGAUGUUCUCUACCAUUGAAACCCAAAAUCAUGAAGGCUUCUGUGCCAAAGGUACCAGCAGGGCUAGGACAGUCACUUUCUUCAUCCAAAGAUAAGAGCAGACAUCUUGGGAAGCAGGAUGCAAAACCAGAUGUAAGAGCUUGUUCUUCAGUACCGCUGCGUCCUCGUGCAGUCUUAUCUAGUCCUGACAAUGAUGGGAUGAUUGGACUAGUAAACAAACUAUUUGAUAAAACACCUUCUGCUGUCAAGGUGCACAAGGAGAGGGUACUUGCUUCCCAAAGGCAACAGAGAAAGGCAUCCCCGAGUCCUAUGAGCAUGACCAAAGGCUCCAAUAGAGCAGUGUCCACCAAGACUGGUCUUGUGCAAAGUAAACUGCAAAAGAACAUGAAAGGAAAACAACAGCAAGCAAGUGCUCGAAUAGGGAAAUCAAGUUUCACUACUUGA